GAUCGCGACGGGAAGCCGUUCACGAACAAAGGUUUCCGCACGUCGUGCUUCCAGUGCAACCUGGCCAAGGGCGUGAUUUUCUUGGCGAAAGUCGCGUCGCCCUCUCGCUCGACUUCUGCUGGUGCCCGGGCGGCCGCUUUGCGGGAGCGGGAGCUCAAGGUCAAAGAGGCCGAGCUCCAGAGGCGCGAGGCGGCCGUGGAGAAUGCCGAGGCGCUCGCUGCGGGGUCGGCCGACGCGUGCACGGCACCUCCGCAAGGCCAGGCCAUGGAGGACUCCCCUGCGAUCGAGGCCCUGCGCGCGGAGAAGCGCGCCCAGCCCCAGAGCUCGCAGGCCGCCAAGCGUGUCGCAAAGCCCUAUCACGUCAGGGUCCGAAAACUGGACGAGCAGAUGAAGCGGAAGGAUAAGAUGGUGGAGCGGCUGGAGUCGGUCGACAUGCCAGCGGCUGAGAAGAAGGUCGCGUCGUUGCGGACCGAUUGCGACACGGCCAGGCAGGAGCGCGCGGAGUUGCAAAAGCAGCGGAACGCGCUGGCCCUGGUCUCGGUGUUUUGUGCCCUGCCCAAGGCAGGCGCCUCCGCGCUGGACCGUGCAACAGCCUUCCGCACCCUGGCCGAGCCUCUCCAGUGA